GUCACGGGGUAACCACGGAACAGGAUGCAGGGUAGUGUUUGCAGGCGCCAUGACAGAUACCUUCAUACGCUACCCCAGAAAGUUUCUGCCUCUAUCUGACUCUUGUUCUAUAGUGAUCCAUAUGGUUUUCAAAUUAAUAUCCGCAGCCCACGUCAAACAGCGGAAAUGACAUCGCACAAUACCACCGGAAUUCGUUGCAUGAAUGUGCUUUCAUGCUAUAGCAGAUCGGUCUGAUAGGCCAGGUAUGUUUACCGCUUUGAACGGACUGGCAUUGCAUGGCCUUGUGAUCAUCUGCGUUUCUGCGUUUGCCAAUUGCGGCUUGGCCUUCUGGCAUAAAGUAUAUAACUCCAAGAAUAAAGUCUUCUCAUUAACUAGUGAUUGAUUCUCUUCUCAUCAUGUCGCUAGAUCAUUCUCUACCAGUGCAAGGCCACCUGUUUGAUAUUCCCACUGACUUUCACAAUGAUCCCACUGUGCACGCAAGCCCUGACCACACCAUCUGUCUGUGGGACGUCGGCGGGGGCAUACCAUGCGGCGUGUGCAUCAACGUCUUGGAUCUUUCAAAACACGUACGCAUGCAUGGAGUGAAAGGGCCUGGGGAUUUGGAGAUACAGUGUACAUGGGAUGGCUGCGCAAGAUCCCCCAUGAAACGGGAGAGCAUCGUUCGGCACAUCGAGGAAGUGCAUGUACAAGUCAAAUACCGAUGCAGCCAGUGUUGGGCUUCUUUCUCUCGUAAACAUACGCUUAGAUCCCAUAUCUUCAAGGCUCAUUCGCACGUAUCUUAGUACAUUUUCCUGGUUCUUUGCACAUUCAUUUCUGUAAAUAUCUCCUACACCUUAGUUGUUGUAAAACCCUCGCUCAGGAUAUUCUACCAUUCCUAGUAAUCCGUAAUAUAUUCUAUUUGGAUUCGUAGAUUCGUACCCAUCUACUUGAAUAGCAUCC